AUGGCUACUGAAUCUGAAGCAACCGGCCCUGUCGUCAACCCGGAACUUGUCGGUGGGACCCCAAUAAAGUGGGCAGUCCUUGAGAAAGAUCUACAGGAACAUUUCGGAACCGACGCAAAAUUCGGUGAACACAGAAGUGCUACAAAAUUCGGCGAGAACCAGGGUUAUGUAUCCCAAAUUUUCUUGGCGGAAUUUGAUUGGCAAAGUGGAGGCGAUCUACCGAAGAAGGCGAUCGUCAAGAUCACCGAGACAGAAAAUCUGCGCUACAUAUGCGAGCACGUCUUCAAGACGGAUUAUGAUGUGAUGAGACAACAAGUCAUAAAGAUCCACAACAAUGAAUACAAUAUGUACAAAAUGAUGCGAGAUGACUGGAAAUGCGAUCAGCAAUUGAAGAUGCCUGCCCUGUAUUGUGGACGGGAAUAUGGGAGGGAUGAAGUUGAAGCUGGCUACCUGGCACUGGAAUUUGUCGAUAAUGCUAUUCCCCGUCAUAUGUAUCACAACGUUCAGCCCGAUUCGUGCGAAGAUGUUCUUCGAAUAAUCGCAGCUAUGGGAUCUCACUCACUCAAACACCAAGAAACUGUCGAGAAAUUGAAGAACGAGUUUGUGAUGGAUAUGUUUAAAGAUGUUUUUGAUCUAGAGAAAACUAAAGCCGGAUUGCCGGUGUUAGUCGGAAUGUUCCCGGAGCUGGCCUCGGACCAAGAAUUUAUCGAAUCCAAGAUGGAGGCAUUCGUUGGGAUGGAUAGCUAUUACAAGGUUUUGAAUGAAACUUGCCCGGUAAAAAUGUUGGUCCACGGUGACCUGUGGUCGGCGAAUAUUUUGUGGGAACAAGACAAGGACGGAAUUUAUCGGAUCAAGAAGUUGAUUGACUGGCAGAUAUCUUAUGCUGGGAAUCCUGUAGCUGAUCUCAACAGGUUCCUCAAUGCUGCGCUUGAUGGCGAGGAGAAAGUUAGAGAAAGAGAACGUUUGUUCAAAGUCUACUACGAUGCCUUGGUAAAUGAAUGUCAAGGAGAAGUUGAUAUUCCCUUUACACUUGAAAUGCUGAACGAAGGCUACGAACGUCUUCUCCCUGUCCUCACCUUCUCCGUCCUACCAGCUUUUGCCAAUCUAGGCGCAAUGGUUCUGCAAACAGUCCCAGAAAGUGAACGGGGUGCGGCAGACAAGAAUAUGAAAGGCAAAAUGUGGACACAGAUCAAGGAGUCGGUGGAAUAUUUGCGUAAAUGGUAC